AUGUCUUCCAGCAGCAGCAUCAAAGCUACCUUCGCCGUCAUUGGCGGUACGGGCACACUUGGCGAGCCGAUCUCCGUCGCACUGCUCACCGAGUUCCGGGAGCAAUUCACCACCGUCCGGGUCUUCACUCGCGACCCAUCAUCUGCUACGGCCCAGGGGCUCGCCAAGAAGGGGGCUGAAAUCGUCGCACUCGACAUCGACAAUCUAGGGGCCGCACUCGCCGGUGUCGACGUCAUCGCAAACAUUCUCCCCACCGUGCUGCCCGAGGACGUCCGGAAGAAGGUCAACGACGCUGCGGUGAACAGCGGGGCGAAAGUGUACUUCCUGAGCGAGUUUGGACUUGAUCAUAGGCUGGUCAACUUUAGCGGGUAUGAGCAGCCGGAGUGGGAAGGCAAGAAGCGGCUCGGGGCGCAUGUCCGCGCUCAGGCUAAGGGCACGGGGACCAAGGUCAUCUCUCUAUACACCAGCGUCUUCCUCGACAUCCUCCUGAGCCCUCUGUUUGUUACAGUGGGCUUCGACCUGGAGAAGAACGUCUACCAUCCGUACGGGUCAGCAUCGAAGAAGUUCUCCACCACCGCGAAAAACGACAUCGGGCGCGCUGUAGGCAGCCUUGCCCUGCUCGCGCUCGACCCUUCUACCGCCGCCGCUGUCCCGGAUGAGGCGCGCAUCGCAGGAUCGACCGUGAGCUACGAGGAGGUGCGCGAUAUCGUGUCGAGCGUCAAAGGCGUGCCGAAGGGCGAGAUUGAGGUUCUCGACCUCGACAAGCUCGAGCAGAGCUUGCGCGACCAGAAGGGCAAGGGCGGCAUCUUGGACUACCUCCGUCUGUCUAUCGGCAAGGGCUGGCUGGACCACAGCGACAACGACAACGAACUCAUCAACCCGGGCCAGAAGUUGUGGAAGUGGAAGACCGUGGAGGACCAGCUCCGCGCUUGA